AUGGCGUCCAAGUCGACUGGUGUCAACGUCCUCCGGUGGUCCGCCCUGGGCCUGGGCGUCUUCUACGGCAUCUACCACCAGCGCAGCAUCACCGCGGCGCAGAGAGCUGCCGCCGAGGCUGCUGAGUACAAGCACAAGGAGGAGUUAAUAGCGAAGGCCAAGGCCGCCUAUGCUAAGCAGAAGGCCGCCCAGCAGCAGCAGCAGCAGGGCACUGCGCCGGUCAAGUCUAGCGGCCUUGACCAAGACCCAAUGUCGCCCGACUUCGACCUCGAGGCCUACUUCGAGGCGCUGAUGCAGCUCAAGGAAUAA